CUAGUGAGCAACUGUGCUCUGCCUUUGGCUGCAGUCCCACAUCCCUAGAACUGGCUCAGUUUUGGCUUUCUGUGGGCGAUUUAUGGAACAUGCAAGGAAACAGAGGAUGACUUGCUGGCAGGAGCGCUCCAGGUGCUGGAGCUGCCUUGGCUCCGGCUGCAGGGCAUUAGGACCCAGGGGUUGCCGAGUGGAGGAGGCUGAAUUCCCUCCCGCUGUCAUCCUCCUGCCUCUGCAGCUUUAUCCCUACAGCCUUCAAUGGUGACGGACUCCCUCCCACCCGGGCUGGCAGCCAGAGCCAGAAGGCCUCGCUAGGACCGGAUCCCUGCAGCUCUAUGGCAUCUCCCAGGACUAUCACCAUCGUCGCCCUCUCGGUGGCCCUGGGGCUCUUCUUCGUCUUUAUGGGGACCAUCAAACUGACCCCUCGGCUCAGCAGAGAUGCCUACAACGAGAUGAAACGAGCCUACAAAAGCUACGUGCGGGCCCUGCCCAUGCUGAAGAAGAUGGGAGUCAGCUCCAUCCUCCUCCGCAAGACCAUCGGCGCCCUGGAAGUGGCGUGUGGCAUUGUCAUGACACUGGUGCCUGGUCGCCCCAAAGACGUGGCCAACUUUCUCCUGCUCCUCCUCGUGCUGGCUGUGCUCUUCUUCCACCAGCUCGUGGGGGACCCCCUCAAGCGCUACGCCCACGCCCUGGUGUUUGGGAUCCUGCUCACCUGCCGCCUGCUCAUCGCCCGCCAGCCCGAGGAGCUGCCGCCCGAGAAGAGGAUGCUGUCGGUGAACGGGGAUGAGCAGCCACUCAUCCACGAAGCAGCUCCCGAGAAAGGCAAGAUGAAGGUAUCCUAGUUGAGUGCAUGUGAGAAACACGGACCCUCGAGGCAGCUCUCUCCAAAAUCACCCGGAAAAAUUUGGUUUUUAUUUUAAACCUAUUUGCGUUUUUUUUUUUUUUUUUGUCUGUCUAAAUAAAGUUGCACUUGGGGUCUGAGAGAUACAA